CUCAUGCCGGACUAUUGCGAUUCCACUUUUGAUUCCGAUGCCAAUACCAGCCCUUCCUCAUAUGUGACAGCUUUUAAUCGGACCAUUGGCUCAUCUCUACUUAAUACUUCCUUAGCCUCACGCUGUCCGAGGAUGGGCCCAGACCCUUGCGGCAUCUCCAAUUCUGAAGAUUCUGUCAUUUUACGUUCUCCAGCUGGUUCCGAUCUUACUCGUUUAGAUCAUAUGAACGUAGUGUAUCCCAGUCCCGAAGUCCGUAACGCCUCUAAUACCGCUAUUGCGUCUUUACAUACACAAUCCUUGUUAGGUGGAUCGCUUGACCAGCACUUGAUGCAAUCUCAAGCUUAUUGUGGCGAUGACAGUUCUAUGGACCCUGUCAUGGAAUUACAGUACUCAUUUAUCUCGCCUUACGAAAGCGCUAACUCUUCCUUCUCGCCUGACUCAGUGGUAUCAAGAGUUGUGAAUGAUUCACAAUGUCGGGAUUCUCUUAGUCGCUGCGAACCCUAUAACGACAUGGAUUCGGAAACCAAUGAAACGGGCUCUGGGAAUCCAUCAUCACCUCGCCCCAUAGCUGACGAUUCAAUUAGUAAGUAA